AACAUGUUGAUCUCUUUACAAUUUCCCACCUUGAGGUCCCAACCUGCCGCGACACAAGCAAUUACAUUCAGAGAAUUAGAGAGAGAUUAAACGGGGGAGAGUGAAGACUAACAAUAACAGACCUGAGCCAUGGCCAGACGACACGUCAUCCCUCCACCAAACGCAAUAAAACUCCGGGAACUACCGUUACCCAGUCGUCAACAUCUCCCUUCUCUGCAUCACCUUGAAGACCGCAUCGCCAUUCAGCAGAGCGAGAUCCAAUCCCUUCUUCAAGAUAAUCGACGGCUGGCCGCCACACACGUGGCUCUCAAACAAGAGCUCUCCCUCGCAGAACAAGAGCUCCGCCACUUAUCUUCUACUGCCGCCAAUGUAAAAGCCGAGAGAGACGCCGACGUGCGUGAGGUUUACGAGAAGUCGUUGAAGUUGGACGCCGAGGUGCGUGUAAUUGACGCGAUGAAUGCGGAGCUGGAUGGGGUGCGGGCGGAUGUAGAGGAGCUUAGUGUGGUCAAGCAGGAGUUGACGAAACAGUUCGACGAGAUUAACGAUGAAUUGGCAAAAGCGAGGGCAGAGUCAAAGGAUUUAACUGUGAUUAAGGCCGAGAUUGAGAGCUUUCGUCGAGAAAUUCAACGGGGAAGGGCUGCUAUUGAAUAUGAGAAGAAGAAUCAUGCUAGUAAUCUUGAGCAAAGUCAGAUAAUGGAGAAAAAUAUGAUUUCUGUGGCUCGUCAAAUUGAAAGACUACGGGCGGAGAUACCCAAUGCAGAGAAGAGAGCAAGGGCGGCUGCUGCAGCAGCCGGAGCAGCAAACCCAAGUGCGGCCUAUGCUGCAAACUAUGGCAAU